UUGCAGAUCAGUGGUGAAGAUUAGCAAUGGUAAGAGAUCUGAGGAAAACUGCAACAGAUAAGUGUAACAGGUGGGAAUAUAAGUUUUGUGAUAACAGCAACGAUUAUCAAGGCUCUGCUACUAUCGGUGACAAUGAAGGUUAUCACGAAAUGCAAGAAGUGAUCGAAGAAAUAACUCUUCUGGAACCGAAUCUCUCCUCCUUACAACCUUCUUCUGCCUGCGAA